AAACUUAUGUUUGUUAAGAUUGUAGGAAAAAAUGAAUAAAGAAAAGGAGGAAUUUUUGUAAAGUUAAUUAUAGAGCGUUAAGAUUGAAUCACAUCGGAACGUGAAGAGAAGAGAGUGGGGGAUCCGUCGAUGGUGGUGGGUCGCACGACCGUGAAGAACAAUGUGGCUUUCCUUUUAACAUUUGUCCGAUACUUCGGGAAAGGUCGUUACUCCAUCCCUCACCUGAAGCUUAAAUUCAGUUAAACAAUCGAGACCUUUCCGCUCAAAAAUUCCAAAAAUUUUCCUAUACCCAUUUUGGAAAUAAGAGAAUUCAACUAACUUCAGCUGCUCAAUUCCUCACAUUCAUUGCCUCCACCUUUUUCUACUCUCUGGAUCGGACCUCUCUCCGCGAGAGGAUCUUUCUUUUUUCUUCUCUUUAUACCGUUUUAUCAUUUUCUACCUGGUACCAGCUCAAAAGGGUUUUCAGAGCAUCUUUUAAUCGUAGUUAGUUGGGUUGGAUCCAAAUAAUGAUGGAGAGGGCUGAUUCUGCACAAAAGUUGUAUACCCGCAUGCGAUUAUGGGAAUUUCCGGAUCAGUAUGUUAUAGAGCCGACAGAUGGCUCUUGUGGUUCGUCUCUGUCAGUCAGUCGUGUCGAUGGAUCCAUGAAACUUAUAGAUGAACUUCCUCAAUGCAGCUCUAUCAGGGUUCCAAAGAUAAGGACAAUUUUUGGAGUAAUUGGCUUGCUGAAACUACUUGCAGGAUCCUAUUUAAUUGUCAUUACCGACCGUGAGUGUGUGGGGUCUUAUUUGGGGCACCCCAUCUUUAGAAUUACAUCCUUGAAAGUUUUUCCAUGCGAUCAUUCAGUAAACAGUUCUCCUUUGGAGCAGAAAAAGAUGGAGGCAGAGUUCUCUGGACUCUUGAAUGUAGCAGAGAAGACUUCUGGUCUUUAUUUUUCCUAUGAUACCAAUUUAACACUGAGUGCACAAAGAUUGCACGCUUUAGGUGAUGAAUCGAAGUUACUACCCUUAUGGAGACAGGCAGAACCAAGAUUUCUUUGGAACAAUUACUUGUUGGAAGUGCUCAUUGAUAGUAAGCUUGAUCCAUAUUUACUUCCUGUUAUCCAAGGGAGCUUUCAGAAUUUCCAGGCUGCCAUUGGGAAAGAUAUUGUUGAUGUAACUCUGAUUGCUCGGAGAUGCACAAGGAGAACAGGAACUCGAUUGUGGAGAAGAGGGGCCGAUUCUGAUGGAUAUGUUGCUAACUUUGUGGAAAGUGAGCAAAUUAUUCAAUUGCAUGGCUUCACAGCAUCAUUUGUCCAGGUUCGGGGAUCAAUUCCAUUACUAUGGGAACAAAUUGUUGAUUUGACAUACAAGCCCAAAUUUGAAUUAGUGAAACUAGAAGAAUCUCCUCGAGUAGCUGAUCGGCAUUUUCUCGAUUUAAGGAAAAAGUAUGGGGCUGUGUUGGCUGUUGAUCUUGUCAACGGGCAUGGAGCUGAGGGGCGCUUAAGUGAAAAGUUCGCAAAUGCAAUGCAACAAAUUACUGGUGAUGAUGUAAGAUACCUGCAUUUUGACUUCCAUCACAUCUGCGGGCAUGUUCAUUUUGAGCGCCUCUCGAUCCUUUUUGAACAAAUCUCAGACUUCCUUGAUCAAAAUGGAUACAUGUUAUUGAAUGACAAGGGUGAGAAAAUGAAGGAACAACUCGGAGUUGUGAGGACGAAUUGCAUUGAUUGCUUGGACCGCACAAAUGUUACCCAGAGUAUGAUAGCCCGAAAGAUGUUGGAAUCCCAACUGAGGAGGCUUGGAAUUUUUGGUGCUGACGAAACUAUUAGCUCACAUCCGAACCUAGAUGAAAGUUUUAAAAUCAUUUGGGCUAAUCAUGGAGAUGAUAUAAGUACCCAAUAUUCUGGCACUCCUGCUUUGAAAGGAGAUUUUGUUAGGUAUGGCCAACGGACGAUUCAAGGGAUCAUGAAGGAUGGUUGGAAUGCUCUCCAACGCUAUUAUUUGAAUAACUUUGUUGAUGGAACAAAACAGGAUGCUAUUGAUCUCUUGCAAGGACACUAUAUCGUUUCAGUUAGUCGGGAUAUGACGCCCACAACUCAAAAGGGAGGCUUAGAAGCUGUGGCGUCCUUCCCACUGGCUUUAUCACUGGUGAUGACAGGAUUCUUUUUUGCAGCCUUGUCAUUGAGACAAGCUCGCUAUGAUCUUCGACACUUGUUCUUUUCUAUCCUGUGGGCAGGCCUGAGUAUAGCUAUUGCAGGUUUUGUAAGGGCCAACGGUCGGAUUUUCUGCAAUCGGCCUCGUCUACACAAACCUCGAUCAUGAUUUUGGUUCCAGAGAUUGGCAUAUUCAGCUAACUAUUCAUUGAAAUUCAAUUUUUCUUUCGAAGAUUUUCAGUCGUUUAUAGAGUUUCUUUCUUUGUUCCAUCUGAAGUGCCCAGUUUCUCAUUAGGACCGCUAUCACAGAAUGUUAUUACAGUUCCCUUUUCUGAUCACUCCUGUUUUUUAGAAUAUCAGAUGUUUAUGUUAUUCAUUGUCGUGUUAUAUCCUAUCUGACUCAGAACAAUAUACAUUUUAGAGAGAUACUAUUGUAGCAAUUAUUUAAACACAAUAUUCAUUGAAAAAAAACAGAAAGUUCCAUAUGAAAA